AUGGAAAACCACAACUCCGCCUCCCCCGCGGGCGGCGUACCCUCGAGCUCCUCGGACCCCAAAGACCCGGCCUCGUUCCUGUCCUCGAUAAUUGGCGUGCCCGUGACCGUCAAGCUCAACUCGGGCGUCGUCUACAAGGGCGAACUGCAGAGCGUGGACGGGUACAUGAACAUCGCACUGGAAAAGUGCAGCGAGUACGUGGACGGGAAACUGCGACGCAAGUACGGCGAUGCGUUUGUCAGGGGAAAUAAUGGUACGUUUCUUCUCUUCUUCUACGCCUCUACCCCGCGACCGUGCACAAGGACCGAGGAAGAGGAAGGGUAUUGGGUUCUGGGAAGGGAAGCUAUCGUGGCUAUAAAGAAAUAUGGUGAAUUGCCGGUGAAAGGUAAAGAGGGAGAAGGAAGGAAUGGACGCGGAGACGUGGUUGAAGAGAAUUAUACUGACAUGGCUAUGUGA